UAUUUCGAUUUCUAGUAGCUUGUCACUGUGUGAUAAUAUAUACACCGACGUACCAGCCGAUAUAGGAAAUCCAACUGUAAACCGUACGUGGUUUAUUCUCGAGUUGUCAAUAUUCGAUUGUUUCCGUUGUUUUUACUGCACGAACGCGAAUAAUGGCUCCGAACGCAGACGCCACCGCUAACAGCCCAAAGUACUACCAAGACGAUGAUAUCGUCAUUUCGGGUAUUUCUGGUCGCUUCCCGAAUUGCGAUACGUUUGAAGAGUUCAAAAAAAAACUGUUCGACGGCACUGACAUACUUGAAAAAGAACAGAACAGGUGGCCGGAGGGUAUUUGCGGUGCAGUAACUAAAAUUGGAGUCUUGAAUAAUUUGACGAAAUUCGAUUCGACAUUUUUCAAUGUACAUCCAAAAUUGGCCGAAAGGUUGGACCCACAGAUACGCUGCAUGUUGGAGAGUACAUACGAAGCAUUUGUCGAUGCUGGUGUGAAUCCGACAUCUUUGAGGGGAUCGAACACCGCAGUGGUUGUGGCUACGACGAACAACGAUUAUGCCGAUUGGUGGUCUGCAGAUCCCACUAGAGUAAAUGGUUACGAAUUUUUGGGUGUUACCAGAACUAUGUUUCCAAAUCGUAUUUCAUAUUCGUUCGAUUUGAAAGGACCCAGUUAUGCCCUUGAUUCUGGAUCUUCAGGUAGUUUGGUGGCUUUCGAACAUGCGUAUAGAAUGCUUAAGACCGGAGUAGUAGACGGUGUAGUAGUCGCCGGGUGUUCGUUAUUGCUCAACCCUGUGUUGUCAGUCAUGUUGCAGAAGAUGAACGGCGUGUCACCAGAUGGCAAGAGCAGGCCUUUUGAUGUCUCAGGCCAAGGAACUGCGCGUUCCGAUGCCGUUGUCAUCGCGUAUUUGCAGCACGCCAAAAAUGCUAAACGGGUGUACGCUACUGCCGUGAGUGCGCGUACCAACACCGAGGGUUUCCGUCUAGAAGGAGCUAUUUAUCCAUCCAACACGCAACAGAUCGAACUAUUCCGUGAAGCCUUGGACAUCGCCAAAAUCAAUCCCACCGAUGUCGACUACAUUGAGAGCAGUGCUUGCGGCGACCAGUUAGGCGAUGCUCAAGAACUCAAUGCUGUCACUGAAGUGUACUGCAAAGAUCGCACCAAACCACUGUUGAUCGGAUCCGUGAAAUCGAACAUGGGUGAUAGUGAACCGGCUUCCGGAAUUUGCGGUAUCGUAAAAACCGUGUUGGCCAUGGAACGUCAAGAAAUUCCACCGACGCUUCACUACAAGGCCCCAAAUCCUCGGGUUCCGGCCUUGAAAGACGGUCGGUUGCUUGUCGUCAACAAAUCUUUGCCGUGGAAAGGAAAGUACGCAGCCGUGAACGCAGUAGGUGUCGGUGGACAUAAUGCUCACGCUUUGCUAAAGGCCAACGAGAAGCAAAAGCAACCAAAACCCCAGGAUUCCAUUCCCCGCUUGGUGGUUGGAUCUGCGAGAACCGAAAGUGCGAUCAAUUAUCUGUUAAAUACGGUCGAAGGCAUGCCCAGAGAUCCCGAGUUUUACGGUCUAUUGUACGGAGUUCAUAGUCAAAACAUUCCGGGCCACAUUUACAGGGGGUACAGCAUUCUCGAUGAGAAAGAUGCCCGCGAAACAGCGGUCCUUGGAGUGGGCAAACGCCAAGUGUGGUACGUAUUCUCCGGUAUGGGAAGUCAAUGGACUGGCAUGGGCCGCGACCUGUUGGCUCUGCCACCGUUCCGUGAGUCGAUCGACAAGAGCGCCAAUACGCUGAAAAAUCUUGGGUUAGACCUUUACGCUAUUUUCAACUCAAACGACAAGACAAUCUUUGACAACGUAUUGAAUUCGUUUGUCGGAAUCGCUGCCAUACAGAUCGCUUUGGUCGAUGUGCUCACCACUGUCGGUAUCACACCCGACGGAAUCGUGGGACACUCGGUUGGAGAAUUGGCUUGCGCAUAUGCUGACGGAACGUUGACAGCUGAACAGACCAUUAUCGUCGCCUACUGGAGAGGUCGCAGUCUUUUAGAUCUAAACUUGGCCCCUGGAGCUAUGGCGGCAGUCGGUUUAUCUUGGGAGGAGGCCAAUGCUCGAGUUCCUUCUGACAUCGCAGUGGCUUGCCAUAACAGCGAAGACGGUGUCACGAUUUCUGGACCACCGGAUUCAAUCGCAAAAUUUGUGGACCAAUUGAAAUCUGAAGGUGUGUUUGCAAGAGAAGUCAACAGUUCUGGAAUCGCAUUCCAUUCGUGGUACAUUGCUGCCGCAGGACCAUUAUUUAAGGAAAAAGUUGCAGGAAUUAUUUCAAAACCGAUAAUGAGGUCAGUUAAGUGGAUCAGUACGUCUAUUCCAGAAUCCAGGUGGGACGAACCGUUGGCACAAUAUUCAUCUGUGGCAUACCACGUAAACAAUUUAGUAUCUCCAGUUUUGUUCAACAGUGCGUUGAAACACAUACCCGACAACUCUGUGGUCAUUGAAAUCGCUCCACACGCGCUCCUCCAAGCCAUACUGAAACCGAGUGUCGGUUCCAAAUGUACGCACGUAGGUCUGGUGCGAAGAAAUCAUUCGACGGUAGUGAAUUUGUUGUCCAGUAUUGGAAAUCUGUACAACGCCGGAUUGCAUCCGAAAAUAGAAAAUCUGUACCCGCAAAUUAACUAUCCCGUAUCCAAGGGCACACCAUCGCUGCAGAAUUUGGUCGAAUGGGAUCAUGCCGACGAUUGGGAAGUGAUCACUUUUAUCGACAACGAAGUUAAAUCAUCGGGUGAAGUUAUAUUAAAUGUGGAUACCGAUAGCGAAAGGUACAACUACCUCAGGGGAACAUACAUCGAUGGUGUUGAAGUCCUUCCGUACGCGUCAUACCUCACAUUCGUGUGGGACGCUUUUGCUAAAUUACAACGGUCGUUUUCUGGAAAAGUCCCUGUUGUGUUCGAUAACGUUCAAUUCUUUAAAGUAUUACCUAUCCCAGAAAGUGGAAAAUUCUGUUUUACUAUCAACAUUUUGGAGAGUAGUGGAGAAUUUGAAAUUAGAGAAAGCAAUUCCGUUGUAGUGUCAGGUUUCAUUCAUAUUCAAACAUCCGAUGAACAAGUACAAUUACCAGAGAUUAAAUCAUACGAAGUUGACCAGUUGUCGACCGCUGAUGUUUAUCAAGAGCUUGCAUGCAAAGGUUAUAAGUAUAGCAAAAGUUUCCAAGGCAUCAAUUUGGCCAAUGACAACGGUAAUUGUGGACGUAUCGUUUUCGAUGGAAAAUGGGCACCAUUUAUCGAAUCACUGUUGCAACUGCACUUGUUGAAACUCGACACAAGAGAUCACUACGCCAUUAAAUACUUGUUCAAGUUAAGCAUUUAUCCAGAAAAACAACAUGCAUCUGUGUCUUCUAAUAGUACGUCAUUCAGUAUUUACGAAAACAUCGGCGUGAUUAAAUCUGCCGGAGUUGAGAUUAGAGAUAUCAGGUCUACAUUGGUUCCCAUCCGAAAAGAAUUACAACAAGACUUUGAUUUAGAGUCUUAUGUAUUUUUGCCAUUUGUAUCGGACGAAGUAGUUGAUGAACCACUCAAGAAUAUCGUACAAAUUGUAUUGGAAAAUGCUUAUGAACCUUUUGAGGUGUCAGAAGUAUUAACCUCAUCACAACAAGAACAUUUAGUUCCGAAAAUUUUAAGUCUUAUCAACGCAAAAUCUUCGUUCUACAUCAACGCUCACGUGUAUGCCAAAGACGUAAGUCCAUACCAAUCCGAGGAAUUCAUAACUUAUUAUGAACAAGACUUGACAUCAAGUGAUUUGGAAAAACAAUCGUUCUUCGUCGUAGCAAACGGCGCAAUUGAGAAUAAACAAUUACUGAACAACGUACUAUCGGGUGUUCAAAACGGAGGUUUCUUGCUAUCCAUAGAACAUCAAUUUGAUUCAAAAUUCAGACAAGUUGGAUUAGACGUAGUCGCAAAAUAUACAGAUGGUCAAAAUUUAUAUAUUUUGUUUAAAAAAAAUACCGACGCACCCACUCCAGUUGUACUAACUGUUGGAAAUUCAUUCUCCUGGGUCGAGUUGUUGAAACAGAACAUUCAAAACGCUAAAAAUGACAAUCGAGAUGUCUUUUUGAUCAGUCAAAAUUUGGAAAACACUGGAGUUAUAGGUUUAACAAAGGGUUUGAGACAAGAACCAAAUGGAAAAUUUGUCAAAUGUGUGUCAAUUAAAGACAACAAAGCACCCUUGUUUUCCGUGUCACUUCCGUUAUAUCAAGAACAACUUAGGAAAGGACUAGCUGUCAACAUGCUUUUGGGCGGUGUUUGGGGAACAUGCGCGUUCGUUCCGUACAAAAAAACUAAAGUUCAGGUAGAACAUGCUUACAUAAACACCACAAAAGCUGGUGAUGUUAAUAGUUUACAAUAUAUAGAAGGAAAACUAUCAACUUUCAACCCUAAAGAAAAUCCGGAUUAUGAUUUAUAUUACCCGUAUUGCGUUCCUCUCAAUGGUUUGGACGUCAAAAUGGUAAAAGGCACAAUUCAGAGUAACGGAAUUUCCGAAGAUAUAGCACAACAAGGUAGCUACCUCGGCAUGGAGUUCGCUGGACGUAAUGCCAAUGGUAAGAAAGUAAUCGGUUUGGUGUCCGGUGGGGCUUUGGCCACGUCAGUCUUAGCACGUAAAGAUCUCGUCUGGGAAGUGCCUGACUCAUGGUCCAUGGAAGCAGCUUGUACCGUACCGAGAACUUACAGCCUUGCCUACUAUGCGUUAGUCGUUCGAGGAAACGUCCAAUCAGGUGAAUCCGUGUACGUGCACGCUGGCGCUAGUGGGAUAAGCACAGCCGCUAUCUCCGUGGCUCUCGAGCUGGGAGCCAUCCCGUACGUAGGAGUAUUCAAUAAGGAUCAAGUAGAGUACUUGAAAACAAGAUUCCCGCAAUUGAACAAUGCCAGUUUUGCCGACCUGGCCAGUGGUAGUUUUGAGCAACAUUUAUUGGAGCAGACGGAAGGCCAAGGAGUCGAUCUGAUUUUCGAUACUUAUUCUGCGUACGACAAACGGCAAGAAUUCGUUAAUUCGUUGGCCGAGUACGGUCGCCUGGUGGACUUCGAAGUUUUCGCACCUAUAUCCGAUUCAUUGGGGGUGUCUGGAAACCUGAAGAGCAUAACAUAUAGCAAGAUUUCGUUCAGUACCAUUCAAUUUUCACCAUCUGAAAUUCAAUAUAUCCAAAGACUGGUAGAACAAGGCAUCCGAAACAACAAAGUACAACCGCUUGAAACCGUCGUUUUCCCUGCAAGUCAGGUAGCCGAAGCGUUUAAGUAUAAUGCAAAUUGCAGCAACAAUUUGGGAAGAAUUGUAAUUAAAAUCCGUGAAGAAGAAGAUAAGGUGAACGUACCUUCAACCAAGAUAACCGUUGCUGCGUCCCCCAAAUUGUUCUACACACCCGAAAAAGUUUUUGUCGUUAGUGGUGACGAAGACAGUUUGAGCUUGGAAUUGAUCCAACAUCUAGCACACAGAGGAGCCCGCAAAUUUGUUUUAGUGUCGAAAAUGAACAACAAACCUCAGUCCGGAUACAAGACCCUCACCUUGAAACGAUUGAAGAACAAGAACGUUAACGUAAUCCUGUCAUUUGCUGACCCGUCAACAGUGAAAGGCGCUGAAGACGUACUUAAAGAAGCUGUUUCCCUCGGAACAGUCUGUGGUAUUUUCUACAUAACCACUGCUCCGGAGACCAAAUACUUGCAAUCGCUGAGCGAAAAGGAUUUCGCAGCGACGAAAAAGGCCGUAUCCGAAGCAGUUGCUAAUUUGGACACAUUGAGUAGGAGAUUAAUUCCCCAACUUGAAUCAUUUGUUGUACUUGCUCCGGCCGUCGCAUCAAGAGGAGCUAAAGCCAAAUCCGACUACGUUUUUGCAAACGCAGAUGUAUUUAGAGUUGCUGAAGUCCGUAAAAUUUCGGGCUACCCGACAGCGGUCAUAGAAUACGGCGCGAUCGAAGGUAGUUCGAACGCGUUCAACAGUCCAAACUUCAAACCAUCGUCGAUCGUUUCAGCGUUGAACGUUUUAGAUGAAAUCGUUAAACAGCCACUAAACUCAACUGUCGUGUCGUACUCGAAAUUCAACGGUCCGAAUUCUGAAGAAUUAGAUGCUGCGACUCCAUUGUUGUCGACAAUUGCCAGGAUUUUCGGUUUCAAGAAGCUAUCCGACAUUGAACAAACCUAUAAUCUCGCUCAACUCGGUCUGGACACGUUAAUCGCACCACGCAUCCAAGAAGCCAUCAGACAACAAGCCAACAUAAACAUCGAAGUAGAAGAACUGAGAAAAAUGACGUUCCCAGCUCUCCGAGCUAAGUUCAUCGAAUUACUUGCCUGAAAUACAGUGCAUAUAAUAUAACUAUAGUGUUGUUAGACUUGGAUUUUAUUAAUUGUACUUUAUUUACUUGAGCCGCCUGUGUAAUGCUAUAAACUUUUAAAUAAACCAAAUGCAAAUUAGUAAUAGAAA